UCCAUAAAAACGCGAUGAAAAGAAUCUUGCAUUAUCACAACAAAACAGCACAUGUUCAGAAAAUGGAUCAAAUUGAAAAUCUUUUGGAAUGUAUUACUAAUACGAAUCUGAAAACUCAAAGUAUUUACCUCAACAUGCUUGACGAAAAUCAUAUCAUAUGGAGCAAGAAACUUAUUGUGUCUCAACUAAUAACUAAAUUACUCGUGAAAAGAAAAACCCGUGCCCUUGGAUACCGGCUACUUAUAUGUUACCUCAAUCAAUACUCCCUCGAAGAAUCAGAAAAAUCUGCAAAUGUGUGGUUUACAAUUAUAUUGAAAUCUUUAAACGAAUCUGAGAUCCGUUUAUACGGGGAAAUUAUAUUUGAAGCAUUGGCGCUACUCAUAAAAAAUAUCCAAUGUGAUUUUAGCUUGUCAAAAGCAUUUGGAUCCGUUAAUAUCCUUAAAGUGGUCGAAAAGGUUUCUCUAAAUGCGGUACUUGAAGACGAUUUCUGCACCCUAUCUGCCCUUCACACUGUCGAGCAAUGCUUGAAAUAUUAUCCAAGGAGUCUUAAAUCUGGAAAAUCUGCAAUUGAAAAUUUCUUGAUAAAAUUAUUAGACAGCACUAAUCUUGAUAUUGUCUCUCAAACCGGUGAAUGCUGGCUCUUAUUACAAAAAGUACGCGGUUCUCCCAGUAAUGGAGUUGAAAAUGAUAAAAAUCAAUGGCGAGAUUACCAAAUGACUUUAUUGGGGAGUCUUUAUUCAAUUAUAAACAAGACAUUUCCAAUAUCUGAGAAAAUAUUUGUGGGUGCAGCUGUGGCAAAUCCCUUCGAACAUUUUAAAAUGCAUUUGACAGAAGAUCCAGUAAAACGAGCUGCACAAGUUUGUCAGCGGUUUUGCAAUCUUGUCGAUUUCUUAAAGAUUGCCUUGAGCAAUCCGUUCCCUGACAAGAAGCUAAUUUUUACACAACAAAUUUUGUGUUUUAUACAACGUGGAUUAUAUGUGAAAAUAAAUAAUACAAAUAAUCCUAAAAUGGAUUAUGUAUGUUUUAAAGCAUUGUUACCGCAAAUGAACAUUAAGUUGUUGGAGCUUCUAGAAGUUUUGAUUGACAUAUGUCACACCCAUCUCAGGAUGCAUUUUCGCAUUAUAUUGAGUAUUUUAUUGGAUUCGCUUGAAAGGACCAAAUUGCUUUUAAAGGAAGGAAACAAACUACAAUUUGUUAAAUUUCGAUUUGUGGUUUACAAAACAAUAUCAUUAUGGUGCUCGAACUUAAAAGAAGGAAGUCAUUGCGAAAUAAUCUCGGAGACCAUUAUAAACGAAAUAUUAGAUGAUGUAACGCAGCGAAAGUCAUUUUUAUCAAAAGAGUCAAUAGAAAAAAAAAAAACACUGGAGACCCCAUUUACCACGUUAACGCAGUUAAAUGAAAAUGAGAAACUGCUCCAUAAGGAAGCCUUUUCUUGCCUUCACAUAAUUCUAACCUCGUCUGGUAAUUUAUUACGAAAAUCUGUUAUGAAGGAGGUACACAACGCACUAUUGGAAGUAUGUAUUGAAAUGCAUGCAGAGCCUACGAAAUCUGAAAAUUCGACUAGACUCUGGAAUUGUCGCUUGGAAAUAUAUAAAAUAUUAAUAGUAAUAUUGAAGUCGAGAAAUUUCAGAUGUCCUGCACCAUCAGAAAUUUUAAUGUGCUUUUUAGAUGAAUCGCGUUUAUUUGAAAAUAGUCUUGAAGUGCGCCUAAAUUCUCAAGCAUUAUUUGAAGCAUUGGAAUCAUCGCUCCAUCCCCAAAAGGAAGAUAUUUGUUUUAAACAAGAUUCAAAAACGAUGCUGUGCAUUCCAGGAAGUCUGGACCAAAUGGACUUAAAUAUAAAUAAAAGUAAAGUCCCAUUCAACUAUAAUAGUGACCGAAAUGAAAACUUUAUAUCUUUUAAUCAACACGAUGGACAUAAAUCGAAUUCACAAACUUUUACCAACCAAAUCAUUAAUGAGCAAGACAGCACAAAGCACACCAGUUUAAAUCAACAGAUAGGUAUUAAAGUAAAUAAUUCUGAAAGCCCUGUGGGAAAAAGUAUUUGUUGUCCAAUAAUUAAAGAACAGAAAAUAAUGAUAUUACCUUCGAGCGAAAAGAUGCUAAUUAAAAAUUCAGAUGGGGUUAGCUUAACUCAUUGCGAUAAUGGGGGUGCUAGUUCUACAGUAAAUUUACCUUUAAAACGUGAAAAUUUUGAUGACGAUAAAUUGAUUGCCGAAUUAGAAUCCGCAUUUGUAAAUGAGCUCAACUGAAUAAUCAUCCUAUUAGUAUGUCUCAUUCAAUGAAAAGUUUUACUUUUGAUUUUCCAUAUUUGCAUAUUUCCAUACUCCGAUGUUAUGUACGUGCCGUUAAAUGUACUUGUAAUUUACUUGCAUCGUCAGCUCUUAGCAAAAAACAAAUUUUGUACACAUCUUUUAAAUAUUUCCACAAUAAAAUUAAAAUUUAGCGGACAUGUGUUGUAUACAUUUCAAGAGGUUAUGUUACAGUCUUUUGGCAUAAAAAUCGAUAGGUACACUGUUUUGUUCUUAAGCUGGUUCUAAAUAAUGCAGCGGCUGCAUUGCAGCAUGUGUACCUGUGACAUUUCACGCAUAAAAUUGUACAUGCACAAGCUGCACAGAAUAUCAAACUGAUUUAGAUAUUGUAAGAUACUUAUUAAAGGCUGGGAUAUUCAUCAGCCUGUCCAGAAUCCUAAACUACAAGAAAUUUGCAAUUUCUACGGGGACUCUAUUAAGAACGGGACUCACCGGCUGUUCCCAGCAGAACGCCCUCUAA